AACAUUUGGGGUCAGCUGGGACAUGGCGGCACUUAGGCUGGUGAGGAGGUGGGGCAUCCCGCUGGCCACGGCUACCAGUGCCCCCCUACUGGUGCCAGUGGUGAGGGCCGAGGCAGGGGAUGCCAAGGAGGAGGCUCCAGCACCACCACCGCCGCCAACCUCUCGUAUGGUGCGGCCCUCCGACCUUCCCAUUUAUGAGGAGCCGGAGGAGGUGCUAAACUUUGAGUACCAUGGGCGGGAGAGAACAACACUGGAGGAGGGGGUGGGAGUGGUGCGCCAGCAGGUGGAGGGAGUGCUGGCGGCCACACGCUCAACCAGGGAACGUGCUGUCCACAUCUACGAGACAGGGAAGGCUCACUCCAUGGCUGCUCUGGACAUUCUGGACACAAUUCGAGACUCCACAGCGACGGUUGACUAUUUAGCAGACGAGGAGAACACUUUGCCUCGCGUUGGUGCCAUCACUGUCGGUGGUCUGGCUGGCUGGUGCUGGGGGCUCGGACGUGGCGGCCUCUUCAAGAAGAUUCUGUACACUUCUACUGGUGUUAUCACUGCGGCCUCCCUGUGCUACCCACGCCACGCCUACACCAUCUCGCAGCAGCUGUACGGUGGUGCCAAAACCUACGGAGCCAUUGGAUAUAACUUUGUUGCUGGAGUGAAGCCACAGUCCAAGGCACCACCACCACCACCACCAGCUGAAGAGACCCCCAAGGAGGCAGAGAAGGAAGAGGAUGCCAGUGCCAGUGCCGGUGACAGUGCUGACACUCCCAAACCUGAGGGUGGCGAGGUAAGGAGUGCCGUGGUCCUAUCCCUCCCCCCCGGCAAGACCCUGGUUGACACUCUAGCAGAGCAGGCCAGCGAUGUAACUGUCUGGGGCUUUAGACUAACAGACGACACCACCGCACCACCCAAGCCAGCGGUGCCAGAGGGCUUUGGUACCAUUGGCACUGGCCAGGUGGCGACGGCAGUGGUGGCAGGGCAGGACGAGGCACAGGCACCACGGGAGGUGGUGGAGAAGGUGAAGGAAGGAGCUGCAAUAGUGGAGGAGAAACUGCCUGAGGUGGAGAAGAAGGUGGAGGAGGCCCUGGGUGUGGUGGAGAGGGUGGAUAGUGCAGCAGCGGCGGCGGCCGAGGUAUUCCCUGGUGUGCCCGAGGCAGUAGUGGAGCAGGUGGAGACUCUGGUGGAGGAGACGCAGGCUGUGGUGGAGAGCGUCACCACUGCGGUCAGCCAGGUGGAGAAAGUAGCAGAGGAGAUGAAGCAGGAGGCACACAAGGUGGAGGAGGAGGCAGCUCAGUUGGUGGAGAGUGAGGAGAAGAGGAAGGAGGUGGCAGAAGAGGUGGUGGAGAUAGUAGAACAAGUGGUGAAUAAACAAGCAGAUGAGACUCCAGGAUCCACUCCGGCUGUGGAGGAAGCAAGAACAGAGGUGGAUGCCAGCCCUGCAGCAGCCCCUGCCCCUCUACCGGCACCCACCAAGGACAGGGAGGGACUCUUUGACAAGCUGGUGAACUUCCUGGCCAAGAAUCGCAAGGACAGUGCCAAGCAAGGGGAGGCUCCUCAAGUGCCAGCAGAGAUGCCAGACAGUGCCAAGCAGAUAGAGGGAAGAGUGGCUGCUGCUGAAGAGAAACUGAGUGAGGUGGAGCAGGUGGUGGAGGUGGUGGAGGAAGGCAUGGCUGCCGUGGCAGAAAAAGUGAAGGAGGUGGAGAAGGCAGCCUCCAGUGUAGCAGUGAAGGUGUUGAGCCCUGUGUUGGGGAAGGAGGAGGUGGAGGAGGCCCUGGGUGUGGUGGAGAGGGUGGGUGGUGCGGCAUUGGCGGCGGCUGAGGUGUUCCCUGGUGUGCCAGAGGCGACGGUGGAGCGGAUGGAGGCCACAGUGGAGGAGACACAGGCUGUGGUGGAGAGCGUCACCACCACAGCCAGCCAGGCGGUGGAAGAACAAGCAGACACUCCACCUGAGGCAGCGGCGGUGGUGGCGGUGGAGGUGGAGGGUGGCAGGCGGGGACACAGCAUAGAGAGGGAGGGACUCUUUGACAAGCUGGUGACCUUCCUGUCCCGGCCCAGCAAGGACGCCAGGGACAGCGCCGCCCAGGAGAAGACUGACCCUGAAGUUGACAGUGGAGUGCCACAGACUCCCCUGCUGGUGGAAGAGAAGCCCACAAGUGGCACUGGAGACGACACACUGACAGAGGAGGCCGUGGAGGUUGUGAAGGAGGUGGUGGAGGCAACAAGUGUGGUGGAAGAGGUAGUGGAGGUAGUAAAGGAAGGAGCUGCUGCUGUUGGAGAGAAAUUAGUUGAAGUAGAAGAGCAGUUGGUGGAGGUGGUGGAGAAGGGAGUGGCUGCUGUUGGAGAGAAAUUAGUUGAAGUGGAGGAGCAGUGGUGUGGUGGAGGUGCUGAGCCCUGUGUUGGGGAAGGAGGAGGCAUUAGAAGUGGUGGAGAAGUGGAAGAGGCAGUGGAGGCUGCUGCUGUGGUGGUGGAGGAGGCUGCUAGUCUAGUGGAGAAGGUGGUGGAGGAGACACAGGCAGCGGUGGAGAGUGUGAAUGAGACAGCCAGCGAGGUGGAGGGAGUGGUGGAGCAGGUGACACAGGUGGUGGAGGGGAAGGAGGGGCUGUUUGACAAGCUGGUGAACCUGUUGUCCAAGCCAGGCCAGGAUGACACUCAGAGUGGCAAAGCUGUGGAAGGCACCCCUGGGAUGCCAGACAGUGCCAAGGAGGUGGAGGCUGCUCCUCAGGUUGUAGAUGAAGCAGUGCAGAGCAGCAAGGUGGAGGGAGUGGUGGAGGUGGUGAAGGAAGACAUACAGAAGGUGGAGGAGGAAGCAACACAAGUGGUGGAGAGUAAGGAGGUGGAUCUUUCUGUGGUCAAGAAACAGCCAGGUGUGGAAGAUCAAGUGGAGAGCACUCCAGCAGCUACUCCAGAGGGUCAGGCAGAAGUGGAGGCCAUCCCUGCAACACCUGUGGUGUCCCCAUUGGAGGAGAGGGAGGGACUGUUUGACAAGCUGGUGAGUCUGUUCUCCAAGGACGCUGGACAGGAGAAGGCUGCUCCUCCACCUGUCACUGAAGCAACACACACCACCGGGGAAGUGGAGGCUGCACCACAAGCUGCAGCUGAAAUGCCAGACACUGCCAGGGAGCUGCAGGAGACACAAGUGGAUACUGCUCCACCAACAGAAGCAGAUGCUGUUCCACCAAUGCCUGUGCAGGAGGCACCAGCAGAGGUGGAUGCUGCCUCACCACCAGCUGUGCAAGAGGCACCAGCAGCAGCAGAGGAAGCCACCAGCCCUGCUACUGCACCUCUUGUGCCUCAGGCAGAGGAGAGCGAGGGACUGUUUGACAAACUGAUCAGCUUCCUGUCCAAGGACAGCAAGGAUGCCUCAGCUGCUGAAGUGCCAGACAGUGCCAAGCAAGUAGAGGCUGCUGGUGAAAGUACAAGUGAAGUGCCAGACAGUGCCAAGCAAGUGGAGGCUGCUGGUGAAGUAACAGAGAGUGCCAAGGAGGACCUGAGUGGUGGUGAGGGUGAGGAUGAGUUUGUCAUCGUGUCCUCCAUGGGCGAGGCAAGCGACGUCAUGGACGUGUUGAAACCCGACAGUGUUCUGGACAAACUCAGACCCACUGAACCACAUCUGGAAAGCACACCUGCUAAAGCAGAAGUUACACCUGCCACAACUGAAGCCAGCAGGACAGGUGAUGAGAAGGAGCAGGUGGCAGCGAUGCCAGUGGUGGAGGUGGAGACAAAGGCCCCAGAAGUCCGGGUGACGGAGGAGGAAGGUUUGUUUGACAAGUUGGUUAGGUUAUUUACAAAGGAUGAGGAGAGGCCUGCAUCUAGCAGUGCCACAGUGCCAUCCCCAGACUCUGCCGGUGGUGGUGGUGUUAGUACAGAGCCAGUGCCGGGGGAGGGAGGGGAGGCGGCUCUCCCUGCAGCACCGGGGGACGUGGACACAGCACAGCACCAGGAUGUCCUAGAGGUGGCUGAGCAUGCAGCACCAAUCCCAGAUGUGUUAACAGUUCCCUCAGACACAACACAGGUUCCUGACGCCCCACCACCACCUCAACACACAACACCAGCUCCUGCCGUCCCAGUUGGCACCGCAGGCACUGAGCCAGAGGAGACUGAAGGCACUCUUCUGGAGGAGCCAACGCCCGAGUCCCCGGCACCACCGCCCAUCAAGAAGGUGGCCCUGCUUGACAAGCUUUCCAGUCUCUUCCAGAAGGAGGAACCCCAUCCUCUGACACCCCCACAGCUGCCACACAGGAACCCCCCAGCAGGCGAGAGGAGGACACGUCUGGUGCAGCAGUGCAGGAGGCAAGCCCUGCUGCUGCUGGGGAUAGUGCUACACCACCACCUGAGGCAAGGCAGUGGUGGUGGUGAGGAGGCAGCAGACAGUGUUGCUGCAUCAGGAGGGAAGGAAGAGGAGGAGGCUGCCUUGCCUGCAGCAGAGGACACAGCAGCAGCACAGCCCCAGGUGUCUGCCCCUCAGGUACAGUCUUCCUCUGUGGUGGGUGCUGUUGAGGUUUCAGGUGAGGCUGCCAAGGAUGAGACUGCAGCCAUACCCAGCAUGCCCCAGGGAGUCCAGGGCCAGGCAGAGUCCAGGGAAGCUAGCACACAGACACAGAGCAUAGUGCCAGUGACGGCGACACAGCCCGCCACAGACACAGACAGUGCCGCAGUGAGCCGGGUGGCAGAUGGCCCUGUGAGCAUCACCAGCGAGGAGGACACCUUCAUUGUGAGGGCCAGUCCCAACAGGCCAAGCCAGACAGAGGUGCAGGGUGACCACGGCCGGCCCGGAAGCAGGGCGGGGGCGGCGGUGCAGCCUCGAUGGUCUGCGACUGAGGCCGUGGUGGUGGAGGAAGGGAAGGACACCAUUGUACAGCUGACACCCCCAGGACCAGAGAAGGAUUAUGGUCAGAGCAGCCCGGAAGACUCUGACAUGUAUACCACCAGAGGAUAAAGGACACUGAUUUGCUUGACUUAAUGCUAGACUCAGAAAUGUCCAGUUAAUGUCAAACCAGUGUCCAGCCAAGACUUCAGUGCCUCCAGUGGGUUCACAAUGCUUUGGUUAUGUGACACGGCUGCUGUUUUCAAAGAUACUGGUUUAAAUAGUGUGUUAAAAGAUGCCAUUGUUUUUAUUUCUGCAUUUUUAAAAGAUACUGAAGGCUGAAAUGUUAUGUACUUGUCUUGGCUACAGUUUUGAAAGAUGCCGAGUUAAAUAUUGUUAGCUUGUCUAUUUGCAAAGGUUCUGAUAUGCAUAGUGAGAAAGGAGGCUGAAAUAUCAUAACUGUCUCAUUGCCUACAGUUUUGAAAGGUUCUGAGAGCUAAAUACUGUUAGCUUUUAUCUGUAUUUGGAAAGGUUCUGAUAGGCUUAGUGAGGAAGAAAAGGCUGAAAUGUCAUAAUUGUUUCAUUGCCUACAAUUUUGAAAGGUAUAGAUUUAAAUAAAGAAUGUUGAGAAAUGCCAUAACUUAGGGAAGAGAAGGCUCAAAUAUCGCAAUGGUCUCUUCUCUUGUAGUUGAAAAGAUCAUUUAAGUUUGACUGCAUUUAAAUAUAACUAUCAGCUGUCUCUUCUAUUUCUCUUGUUAAAAGUUUGACUCCAUUCAAAUAUAACUAUCAACUGUCUCUUCUAUUUGUACUGUUAAAAGUACAGAAAUGAUUAGGAAGCUGAUGGAUGAAUAUAACAGAAUGAAGUUGUUACACUGUGAGAAGGUAGAUUGAAAGGAGAGUAAAAUAAGAAAACAUGAUGAUAGAUGUUGUGAAGGUUUUGAUGUGUUUCUGGGAAUGUUCCGAGUCUUCCUUCAUGUACCGUCAAUUUUUUCCCUUCAGUGGUUUGUCGUGUACCAGAAAAGACAGACAAAUGUUAUAAGGUUUUAAAAUUUUCAAGGUAAAUUUUGUAGUAAUGCAGAAAAUGUAGAAAAAAUUACCAUAGCCUUAUUAAGAAAACGAGGGAUUUGUAUCUCGGCCUAAUUAUCCUUUUAAUUUUAUAAUUUUUAUGUGAAUGGUUGAUUGUUUAUUUGAUUUUUUUUUUUUUUUUCCAUACUUUUUUUGAUUGACUGAUUAUUUUUUUUUUAUUUUUUUCUCCCACAGUACAAGUUUCUCGUUACUGUGAGGUGUAAAUAGCCGAGGGUUUAUCAGGUGUUAUGGUUCAGAAAUUGGUGGUGAUAUACUUUGGCUAUGGUUAGUGAGGAUCUGAAGGCAAGCAAGUGUUUCCAUCAGCCAGGCCAUUGUAUGUAUUGAGAUGCUGUACAUAUACUUGUUUAUAGUAA